UCCAUACAUGUCGCUCUCGACGGUUCAAAUCUGGACUAGCACGAGGCGCGGGGGUAUAUACUCUCCACAGAUGAAAAUAUCGAUCGCCGUCGAACGGGGAUCCGCCGUCGCCAAUCUGAUCUCUUUGGGAUUCAUUUUUUAAUAGCUGCGGAGAGAUCCAGAUCCAAACUUUCAUUGUCUUCGCCUUCCCUUCUCUGGUCUCAUCAAGGUGGGGAUGGGCUCUCGGUGAAGGAGUCCUCUGUGACCAAGAAGGAAGUUGUAUUUAUUCUGAGAAUAGAUCUGUUUUAAAUGCAGUCUGACUUUGCAUGCCUGGGCAGUAAAUGCAUCUUGAUGGCCGUACCUGGUUGUUAUGGAAUUUGCAUCUUCUGGACUUCGGCAAUAGCUGAAACCUAAAGGGAGUUUAAUUUGAAGAAUGGCACCUGCAAACAAAGCUGACAGAAAGGCAGCAUUAGAUGUAGCCUCAUGGAUGUUCAAUGUUGUAACCUCUGUUGGCAUCAUCAUGGUUAAUAAAGCCUUAAUGGCUACUCAUGGAUAUAGUUUUGCGACAACAUUAACUGGUCUGCAUUUUGCUGCUACGACUAUCAUGACUAUAGUGCUCAGGUGGCUGGGAUAUGUUCAACCCUCCCACUUGCCAGUACCUGAUCUGAUAAAGUUUGUUAUCUUUGCGAACCUGUCAAUUGUUGGAAUGAAUGUUAGUUUAAUGUGGAAUUCUGUGGGAUUUUAUCAGAUUGCAAAGUUAUGUAUGAUUCCUGUAUCAUGUUUUCUAGAGGUUCUUUUUGAUAAAGUUCGUUACUCCCGAAACACAAAGCUCAGCAUAUUAGUGGUUCUUAUCGGUGUAGCAGUCUGUACCAUCACCGACGUUAGUGUUAAUGCCAGAGGCUUAGUAGCUGCCACUAUAGCAGUUUGGAGCACUGCAUUACAACAAUAUUAUGUACAUUAUCUUCAACGGAAGUACUCACUCGGAUCAUUCAACCUCUUGGGCCAUACUGCUCCGCUGCAAGCGGCAUCUUUGUUGCUUCUUGGGCCUUUUGUGGAUUAUUGGUUGACUAGGCGAAGGGUGGAUACCUAUGACUACAAUAUAAUUUCAGUGUUCUUCAUCACUUUAUCAUGUAUCAUCGCCAUUGGUACCAAUCUAAGCCAAUUCAUCUGCAUCGGUCGAUUCACGGCAGUUUCCUUCCAAGUUCUCGGUCAUAUGAAGACCAUCUUCGUUUUGGUUUUGGGAUUCUUCUUAUUUGGAAGAGAAGGCCUCAAUCUUCAUGUCAUUCUUGGCAUGAUAAUGGCGGUUAUAGGAAUGAUUUGGUAUGGUAAUGCGUCCGCCAAGCCAGGCGGUAAAGAGCGGCGGAGUUAUUCCAUUCCAAUUGAUAAAUCUCAGAAGGAUGGAUUGUUGACAGAAUCUGGACAGCCGGAUGAGAAGGUCUAAAUUAGGUUCACUUGCAGGCCAUAGGUACUUUUGUUUCUUACAACACUUUCUACUGCUUCACACGAUCAUUGAUAGGAAGUCAAUCUUUAUAUUUUCUACUUUUCUUAUUUACUAAAUUUUGUGGGGACAGCCGUUUUUGGGUUUCAAGAUUUCCCAUCCCAAAUUCAACGCUCUAUUGUUGCUCAUAGUAAUUUAUUUCCUUCAAAUAAGUUGCUCUGCAGAGGAAGCAGUUCGAUUCAAAUUGAGUUUAAUGGUUUUUGUUUAGGUUAUUUGAACCUGAAGACUAAUGAAAACAUGU